CCCUUAUUUGAGAGCGCCUGGCGUACAUUUCUUUCCCUUCUCGCCACUCCAGCAGCGCCCAUGUCAGCCGGGCACAUAAUCAGUGUGCCAUAAAGCAGUAGAUGCUCCUUAUCGCCGUGACCCGGAGGGUUCACGUUAGUUCACAGGGUUCAUCUGAGGAGAGGUCUCGGCCCCUCCUGUUCCCCCCGAGACCCGGAGCGGAGAGGAAACCUAAAUGUUAUUCAUUUCUGUAUCAAUAACGGAUUUCAUUCGCAGUCAGCAGAGCCGACGAAAAGGUUCACAGGGAGCUGUUACUUCACUCCCUUUUACAAUGGGAAGUCCUGAUAGCUGAAGAUUUCAUCAAUUGCUGGUUCAUCACGGCUGGUGAUGACACCUCAACUCCACACAAUUCCAGUAUUUGUUUCCGACUCUUCACUCAUCUGCACAAUCCUACAAUAUGGCCAGCAAGAGGAAAUCCACCGUUCCCUGUAUGAUUCCAUCUAAAAGUAAGCACAUGCGGGAGGACAUCAUACUAGGAUGCUUGCCUGAGCUCCUACCCACAAUACCUGAAGACAGCAUCCUCAGUAUCUCUUCAAAAGAUGAGGAUACACAACGAUUCCAUGAUCUCUCAAAAGCAGAGACGAAAACUUCAUGCUGGGAAAGGGGAACAUAUAGCUGCCCUCUGUGCUGUUUUGAGUCCAGAGACUUGAACCUGUUUCUUCAUCAUAUGGACAGCUGUCACAUGGACUUUCAUGCUCAACCAAACUUCUACUGCCUAUCUUGCAAGGUCUCAGCGGUGAAGUUUGAAGGUCUUGCUUUACAUAACGCUAAAUCACAUCCUGAACUCCAUACAGCGCACAAGAGAGUGUCCUUGCAGGUUACCAAACGAGAUGGGGCUAUAACAGUGGAGCAAAGCCUGUUUACAGAAGAGGAUUUCAGUGAAUCCGGAAUAUCCAUUACCAAGACACCCAUAAUGAAAAUGACCAAAGGGGGGCACAAAAAAAUUGUCGUCUCCCAUACUGUUGAGGUACACCGGGCUGAGCCUAACAUCGACAAACCCGCAACUGUAACCAAUGGAACUUCAGUAAGGACCUUUCCCCUAACAACAUCAACACAUAUCAUUGGUGGAACUGGUGCCCCUCCAGUCUAUAAAAUCCCAAACACACUUGGGAUACCAAGAAUGCAUAACCGUGGUCCUCUGUGGAACUCUAAUAUGUCAUCACCCGAUUCAAAUGCUGAUCUCCCAAAGGUCAUGAUCCCUCUAAGUAGCAUCCCCACCUAUGAUCCAGCUAUGGAUUUAAGCAGCUUUCUUAAGACAUCCUUUGGUAAGUUCCCUUACCCUACCAAAGCAGAGCUCUGUUACUUGACAGUGGUCUCUGGCUUCCCAGAGGAACAGAUCAAACUCUGGUUCACAGCCCAAAGGCUGAAGCAAGGGAUCAGCUGGUCUCCUGAGGAAAUCGAGGACACACGUAGAAAGAUGUUCAACACUGUAUUCCAAGCCACACCGAAAACAUCACAGAAUCAGUCGCAUCACAACAUUUCCCAACACUGUGUUUCUGUCCAGUCUGCCACUUUGAGUUCUAACUAUAUACAACAGAUACCAAAGGGAAGUGCAAUGGGUUGGAAAGGAGGGGUCAUAGUCAGCCAGCCUAGCGUGACCCAGGCCACAUCCCUUAAGCAGCAGCAGCAGCCAGUGGUUCAGGUGCCACAGGUAAAUAUCCACAAUGCUGUCAUCACAAAGGAAACUGGAAAUGAAUUAUCUUGUCGGACAGCUGAGAAUGGCAACAAUGCAAGCCGAGGAGGUAGCGUUAGCAAUCAUGGACACACUGGAAAAGGCGAGACUGGCUGCAGCUCAUCCAUCUUGCCUGGUGCUUCCAAAAGUCAGAACAGCAGUUAUAGUGAGGGCAGCAUCAUGAAUCUGACCAACAUAGUCAGGAAAAUUGACUGUCAUGUCAAUGACAGGAGCGCAAAUUGCACCAGCAAAACAAAAGCCAGUCCAACUUCCAUUUAUGGGCAACAGAAAGCAUCCAAUCACACAAAAGAAAGCAGCUUUGCCACCACCAGCAAAUUUAACAACGGAAGCACUUAUAAAAGCACCAGCCACAUUUCUAUUUGCACUAAAAGGGAGGGGAACAUCUUAGACCACACCAGCAAAAGCAACACUGACACUAGUGUGAUUUGUAGCAACAGAAACAUAAGAACUGAUGAGUUUUUAGCACCCCUUACCCAUACCCUGGUCCCACAGCCUGGAAGCAUGGAUCUAUCCUUUGGUAAGAGCAAGGUUUUACCUGAGCUGCCAGGCACCCUGAAGCAAAGCUUUACCCAUAACUCAUUCCCUGAACAAAAACGCUUUCUUGCACCACAAGGUCAACCAUACCACAUACAUACUUUGACAGACUCCCAGUCUGCUUUUGGAGGUUCGUUUAUCAACCUGCCCCAGAGCUCCCUCCAGUCUAACUCUGCAGCAAGCUCCCAUAUCCAAGAUGAACCCAGUCAACACUCCUCCCCAUCCCUUUCUGCUCCUCAGGAGCAAAAUUCUCCAAAAACCCUGCUGGGAGCACCUCAGGUCCAGUCCACAGACUUUACUGCCGUCCACUACAAGGAACAGGACCCCAAGCACUUACCUGCCUUAGACAAAGACUCUAAGCAAUCAAGUUUUGAUAAAGAAAGGUUCCACAGAAACUUAACACAAAAAGAAAAUGAAGGAAGAGUUUCUGAAAUGGACAGUGGAAUUACAAACACGUUUUACACCACUGACAAGAACGAGCAUAGCAAAAUAGUUAACCACACUACAUACCUUCACAACGAUAACACUAACAAGGCUAAACAAGCCAUGCCACUCUUACGACAGUACAUACAAGAAGUGGACCAAUGGGAAAGCAACUGCAACCAUCUCGAAGAGUCAAACAUGAGCCCUAUGAAGAUAAACGUAAUAGCGUUGAACAAAGAUGAGAGUUUGUACAAGACCAACAGCAAACCGCUAAUCAGCAAGCCUUUAGAGAGCUUGAUCAGUGGCAACGAUUCCAGUCAUAAAAACGAAUCUUCAGCAUGGCACGAAAGCUUACAGCUUGUACCAGUGGAUGCAGAACAUCGCACAAUUGAUAUAGGUAACACUGAAUCACAUCAGCCAGAUAAACUUGUAGGUCUUGAAACCCAACAAGUCAAGCGCGAUCUAUGUCCGGAGCGGAAGAGUGUUUUUCAGAGUCUAGAUUCUGAAGCUCCUAUGCUGCCAAUGAAGAAAAGAUCACAGGAGGCAAUGGCGGAGUUAGACAAGUCAACCACAGGAGAACAAGAUUACUGGGAGAUUAAGGAUGACGAGCAUCAGCAACCAAUGGGAAACCAGAGUUUGAGAGGGCAUCAAGCACAAGACAGUCAAUCAAGGGACUGUCUGAGAGGAGAGCUUCUGAAAGUUUAAGGACUUGGCUCCGCAAGCCGAAGAGGCAGAGGAUCCCAUAUUCAUCCUGAACAUUACAUUUCUUGUUUUCUUUACAUAUGACAGCAGAUGAGAUUGUAAAACAUUCGUGAUGGUCAAUGGACUUGUGGAGUUUUGGGUUGAUCCAGAGAGUAGCCGCUACAAAUGUAGAUCCGAUUCGAUUUAGGUAAACUCUGUGUAGGAAACUAUGAUGUAUAUGCUUGAAACUGCACUAUCGAGGGUGUACUGGACGUUAGGAAUGUCAGUUAGAUAUUGUGAAACUUUGUUAUAUGUCAGAUAAUCAGCACUUCUGCAAUGCCUUGGGUUUUUACCGUUACCCGUUUUCAUUUCUUCAUGUCCAGAUCAAACAAGUUCUCCAUGGCGCUUUUUUUUUUUUUUUGGUUUUUCCACACAGCAUUGAGCAGUUAGCAACAAAUCAUGCACUAUAACUCGCUUUAGUGGUGUCUGUCUGCACACACAACCAAUUGGCCAGACAUUGCCUUAAACAUCACCUUUCUAUUUCUAUGACUGGCUGCACAAACAAGCUUUUCAGCAACUGUGUUGAUGUGUGUAUAAAUUGGGGAUAUGAAAUCCCAACAGAACUGCUGCUAUAUCUUCGGAAGUGUUUUGUUUUUUUUUAUAAGCAUUAACAAGACUAUUAUAUGUGAAAAGCUUACAAAAGAAAUGUUAAUUUAUGGUGGAGAAAGUUUAAAACGGUUUGCUUAUCCGAUGGGGUAUUACAGUUCUCACAGACAGUCAGAUAAAGUGCUCUGCUAACUGGAUAUUCCCUGUGUUUGAGUUGGGCUACGAUAUAUAUAUAUAGUAUAUAGUAUAUCUACACACACACACAUUAUGCAUCAUUUAUAUGCUGCUAAGUUCAGACCAUCCAAAGUGAAUAACAGGUGCUUUUCAUCCCAUAUUAUUUGCAUUUGUAUCCAACGUGGUUUCUCUUAAAAAAAAAAAAAAGUUAACACAAAGAUAAUAUCUGGACUUACAGUAUUACCUUCCCGUCAGUUCCCAUUGUGCAGGUCUGUCUAAAAGAACACAGUGCACUGGAGUGUUAUCCUUUCUACACAUUACAAAUCUUUUGGUAAUAAAUGGAGAAUGUCAAAUUUAAGAA